AUGGUCCGCGUUCGUCUGGACGUGGGCGGCUGGCAUGUCGUCGUCACCGGCGAGCACGCAGUACUGCCCGAAGGCAUGACGCACCUUCCGGACAGGGCGUUCCGCAUGCGCACCACUCUCGUGUCUGUCGCCUUUCCGCACAGCCUCGUCUCCAUUGGUAGCUGCGCCUUCCACAGCUGCUCCGCCCUCGCCUCCGUCGCCCUUCCCGCUGGCCUCACCUCCGUCGGCGACGGUGCCUUCUACCACUGCUCCGCCCUCGCCUCCGUCAACCUCCCUGCCGGCCUCACCUCCAUCGGCCAGCAAGCCUUCGACGGUUGCUCCGCCCUCGCCUCCAUCAACCUGUCCGCCGGCCUCACCUCCAUCGGCAGCAGCGCCAGCGUCACCUCCAUUGGCGACCGCGCCUUCUCUGGCUGCUCCACCCUCGCCAACGUCGCCCUCCCCGCCAGCGUCACCUCCAUCGGCGACAGCGCCUUCUCCCGCUGCUCCGCCCUCGCCUCCAUCUCCCUCCCCGCCGGCCUCACCUCCAUCGGCAAGCACGCCUUCUGGGGCUGCUUCGCCCUCUCCUCCGUCGACCUCCCCGUCGGCCUCACCUCCAUCGGCAACUACGCCUUCUGCGGCUGCACCUCCCUCCGCUCCAUCACCCUCCCCGCCGGCCUCAGAUCCAUCGGCCAGGAAGCCUUCAAGGGCUGCUCCGCCCUCGCCCGUGUCGCCUUCCCCGCCGGCCUCAGAUCCAUCGGCUUCUGCGCCUUCGCCGACUGCUCCGCCCUCGCCCGCGUCACCUUCCCCGCCGGCCUCACCUCCAUCGGCCAGCAAGCCUUCUACCGCUGCACCUCCCUCGCCUCCAUCAGCCUGCCCGGCGGCCUCACCUCCAUCGGUUGGCACGCCUUCUCGAGCUGCUCCGCCCUCGCCCACGUCACGGUACCAACCACCGCGAAGUUCGACGCCUCCGCCUUUUUCACCGACACCGUCGUCCUCCGCCUCCCGCCGGCAAAGAUGCGCACACUCAAGCGCUGGUACGAGGCGGUGGACCUGGCUCGCCUCGAAAGGCUCGGGUGGCGCGGCGCGCAAGCGUGA